AUGGGUUGUGCGCCUUCUAUUAUACAUUAUGAAAAAACAGAAUUCCUUAAAGAGGAUGUACUAUCGGAUGAUUUGGAAAUGAGCGAUGAAACUAGUGCAAAUUUUGUCAAUGACUCUAUUCGAAUAAACGAAAGCAUUCUGAACCGGAAAAUUCUAUACAAAGAAGAAAACGUAGACUUUUCAUUGGUUUAAGAGUAACUACUCGACUAAAAACCCUUCAUAAUAAAAUCAUGUUUUAAAAAAAAUAAUAAAACGAAAUAAUUUGAGUAAAAAGAAAAGAAAGUGAGAUUUUGUAAGACUUAUUUCAUCAUUGUAAAUGGAGUAAAAUUUGUUGUCAAAAGGAUUAAGCAAAGAAGUAGUAAAAAAAGAAAUAAAUUACCAGAAGUUGAAUGA